GGCGGCGCCUGGCGCCAGGACGGCUUGAGGCCGCGGGCUUCCGAGGGCCUCUGUGGGCGCGGGUGGGCACCCCCUCGUCUGUCACCGGACCCCGCGCCAGGACUUGGACUCUCGCCCCUCAUGGGCCGCUCUGGUGCCGCUGCCGAUGCCCCUGCCUCUGGCUCGCGCCGCCCGCCGUGAACGCGGGGCCAGGCGUUUCCUCCCGGGCCCACCCUGCCCGCGCCGUGUGGGCCUCGCGGACUCGGGGCGCCGGGACCCCCAGCGCAGGGCAGAGGCAGCCGGGCCCGGUUUCUGAGUCAGUCCCCAGGACUGCCACCCCUCCUGCCUCGGGACACCCAGCGCUUUCGUCUUCAAAGCCGUUUUUGUGGAGUCAGGAGAUGAUUUGUUGGCGGGAGGGAGAGGAACCAGAUCUGCCUUCUGGAGACUGCACCGUCCUCACGGGAGAGCCAGAAAGAGGACAUGGCUGCCGGGCAGCGGGAAGCGAGGCCCCAGGUGUCACUGACAUUCGAGGACGUGGCUGUGCUCUUUACCCGGGAUGAGUGGAGAAAGCUGGCUCCUUCUCAGAGAAACUUGUACCGGGAUGUGAUGCUGGAGAACUAUAGGAACCUGGUCUCACUGGGACUGUCGUUUACCAAACCAAAAGUCAUCUCCCUGUUGCAGCAAGGAGAAGAUCCCUGGAAGGUGGAGAAAGACAGUUCUGGCGUCUCCUCUUUAGGAUGUAAGAGCACGCCUAAAAUGACAAAGUCAACUCAAACUCAGGAUUCAUUUCAGGAGCAGAUGAGGAAAAGACUGAAAAGGGAUGAACCCUGGAACUUCAUAUCAGAAAGAUCCUGCAUAUAUGAAGAGAAAUUUAAGAAGCACCAGGACAAAAAUGAAGAUUUACAAAUAAUUUCAGUUGCCCAUACAAAAAUCCUUACUGUAGAUAGAAGCCAUAAAAAUGUUGAAUUUGGCCAAAACUUCUACCUGAAAUCAGUCUUCAUUAAGCAACAGAGAUUUGCUAAAGAAAAAACUCCAUCAAAAUGUGAAAUACAAAGAAAUAGUUUCAAGCAGAACUCAAAUUUACUUAACCAAUCAAAAAUCAAAACGGCAGAGAAACGCUAUAAAUGCAGUACAUGUGAAAAAGCCUUCAUUCACAAUUCAUCCCUUCGUAAACAUCAGAAAAACCACACUGGAGAAAAAUUAUUUAAAUGUAAAGAAUGUUUAAAAGCUUUCAGCCAAAGUUCUGCUCUUAUUCAACAUCAAAGAACUCAUACAGGAGAGAAACCCUAUAUAUGUAAAGAAUGUGGGAAAGCCUUCAGCCAUAGUGCAUCCCUUUGUAAGCAUUUAAGAACCCAUACUGUGGAGAAAUGCUAUAGAUGUAAAGAAUGUGGUAAAUCCUUCAGUCGAAGGUCUGGGCUUUUUAUACAUCAAAAACUCCAUGCUCAAGAAAAUCCCCAUAAGUAUAAUCCAGGUAGGAAGGCAUCCAGUUAUAGCACAUCCCUUUCUGGAAGUCAGAAAAUUCAUCUCAGAAAGAAGUCCUACUUAUGUAAUGAAUGUGGCAACACCUUUAAGUCUAGCUCAUCCCUUCGUUAUCAUCAGAGAAUUCACACUGGAGAGAAACCUUUUAAAUGUAGUGAAUGUGGGAGGGCCUUCAGCCAGAGUGCCUCUCUUAUUCAACAUGAAAGAAUUCACACUGGAGAAAAGCCCUAUAGAUGCAAUGAAUGUGGUAAAGGCUUUACUUCUGUUUCACGACUUAAUAGACACCGAAUAAUUCAUACUGGAGAGAAAUUGUAUAAUUGUAAUGAAUGUGGUAAAGCCUUAAGCUCCCACUCAACACUUAUUAUUCAUGAGCGAAUUCAUACUGGAGAAAAACCAUGUAAAUGUAAAGUAUGUGGAAAAGCUUUCAGACAGAGUUCAGCUCUCAUUCAACAUCAGAGAAUGCAUACUGGAGAAAGACCCUAUAAGUGUAAUGAGUGUGGAAGAACAUUCAGGUGUAACUCAUCACUUAGUAAUCACCAGAGAAUUCAUACUGGAGAGAAACCAUAUCGAUGUGAGGAAUGUGGGAUGUCUUUUGGCCAAAGUGCAGCUCUUAUACAACAUCAGAGGAUUCAUACAGGAGAAAAACCCUUUAAAUGUAAUACAUGUGGAAAAACUUUUAGACAAAGCUCAUCACUUAUUGCACAUCAAAGAAUUCAUACUGGAGAGAAACCUUAUGAAUGUAAUACAUGUGGGAAACUCUUUAGCCAGAGGUCAUCCCUUACUAAUCAUUAUAAAAUUCACAUUGAAGAGGACUCCUUAAAAGCCGAUUUGCAUGUGUGAAAGCCUUAAACCAAAACUCAUCAGAGAAUACAUGCUUGAGAGUGAUUUAUUAAAUAUAACUUAUAUGAGAAAACUCUUAGUUCUCAUCAGAUACUAAGUUUUAAGAAUAAACUUUAGCUAUGUAAUAACUAUGGGGAAAGCUUUUAUACUUGUCACUCACUUUUUAAAAUAUCCUGAGACAGUUCACUGUUGCAGACAUUGAAAUUGACCAUUUGUAAGAUAAAAGAAUACAAAUGGAGAGAUUUGCAUGGGAUGCAGAAAUAUGGAAGACUAACCAAGCAAACCAGGAGAGACCUGCAGUAGUGUCCCAGAGACGAUGGUGUCUGAGCCCAGUUUUGGAAGAAUAGCUGGGCAUGGUGGCUCACACCUGUAAUCCCAGCACUUUGGGAGGCCAAGACAAGAGGAUUGCUUGAGCCCAGGAGUUCGAGACCAGCCUGAGCAACAAGAACAACAACAAAAUUAGCCAGGCAUAGUGGUGCACAUCUGUAGUCCCAGCUACUUGGGAGGCUGAGGUAAGAGAAUUGCUUGAGCUCAGGAGGUUGAGGCUGCAGUGAGCUAUGAUCCCACCACUGCACUCCAGCUUGGGGAAAGAGCAAGACUCUGCCUCCCCCACGUGUGCCGCCCACUCCUGCCCCCACCAAAAAAUUGUUUGUGGAUCCCUGUUAUCAGAAUAAGGACGUUCCCUCAUAUUCCUAGUAUGAUGUGAGUUUUUAUCAUAAAAUGGAGUAGUAUUUUGUCAUGUCCAUUUUUUGCAUUGGUUGAAAUGAUCGUUUUGUUUUUCUCUUCAUUCUUUUAAUAGAUAAUUGUUUGAAUUUUGGUGUUACCCAAUGUUUCAUUCCUGAAAUAAAUUCUACUUGGUCAUGAUA